UUUUGCAGUGUUCCGGUGACAGCAGGGGAAUGACAACAGCCACGGCUUUUCUUCCAUUCAACCUGACUGCCAAACAUCGACAAAAACUGCACGCUGUCUGUCUGCGGACGUCUCGGUGUAUGUUGGGGGAAUUUAUCCUUUAUGUGCCACCGGCAGCAGACGAAACAUGGCAGAUGACAAAGACGUGUUGAGAGAUGUGUGGUUCGGGAGGAUACCAACCUGCUUCACUCUGAACCCGGAUGAGAUUACUGAGCGAGAGGCUGAGCCGUACUAUCUGCUGUUACCCAGGGUGAGCUACCUCACACUGGUUACUGACAAGGUGAAAAAACACUUUCUCAAAGUAAUGAAGACUGAGGACGUGGAGGAGAUGUGGUUCGAGUAUGAAGGGACACCACUCAAAUGGCAUUAUCCAAUUGGAGUUCUGUUUGACCUUCAUGCCUCAAACACUGUAUUACCCUGGAACAUCACUGUGCAGUUUAGGAAUUUUCCAGAUCGUGACCUUCUCCACUGCCAAUCCAACUCCAUAGUUGAGGCUCACUUCAUGUCCAGCAUUAAGGAGGCUGACGCCCUCAAGCACAAGAGUCAAGUCAUCAAUGACAUGCAGAAGAAAGACCACAAACAGCUGUGGAUGGGCCUGCAGAAUGAUAAGUUUGACCAGUUCUGGGCCAUGAAUAGGAAGCUGAUGGAAUAUUCCACAGAGGAAGGCGGCUUCAGAUACAUUCCCUUCAGGAUAUAUCAGACAUUGAGCGACCGACCGUUCAUCCAGAAGCUCUUUCGUCCUGUUUCACCUGAAGGCAACGCUUACACACUGAGUGACCUGCUCAAAGAGAUGUUCCCAGCUGCUUUACCAACUGAGAGGGAGCCCAAGCGCUACCAGGUGCUGAUCCACGGGAUCGAGCCGCUGCUGGAGACGCCUCUGCAGUGGCUCAGUGAACACCUCAGCCACCCCGACAACUUCCUGCACAUCUGCAUCGUCCCUGCACCCAGCGACUGAGACCUGAGGCUGGAAACAUCGUCUCAACCAGUGAAACGGAGAUAAAAGACUCUUGAACAAAAGGACAUCAGAAACAUCGUCUCUAAAUAUGAACCGAGGACGUGAAGGAGGCGUGGAGCACACCGCCCUCUCUGUCCUCACCUGUUCCCACUCCUACUGUACCAUGACUCCUGCUGCAGCUUGUUUAGAGGACACCGACAGAAGACUCUGCUCUGGGUGAAGGCUUGGUUGGAUGAAGAGCGACUCUCAUUUUCUCCCCUGCUUCUCUGGUCAUCACUUCCUUCUUAUUCCUCAUCAGGGACUGCGCUGGCGACAAAUUGAGGGGAUGGUUUGAGUGACGUCCAGCUGAAGUUGCCUUAGUUACCUUUACGCAUCAUCUCACCUGUGCAGAAAUGUCUCAACCCGUGGGAACCUGCUCUGGGUUUUCGUCACUGAUGCUUUCUCCCUGAAGGAUCUGAGCUUCUGAUGCUACUGGUGGUUAAUAAAGUAUUUUCUGCAUUUAAUUGUGAUUUUAGCUCAUAACAUGCUUUUCUUUGAUCGUGAGUCUUUGCUUUAACCAUAGUCUUGGAUAAUGUAGUGGCUGAAUCAGUGUGGAGUAAUGGGAAGGAAUCACAUAAAGACAGAUGCUGGUUCUCUCCUCUCACUCCUCUGCUGCUUUACUGUCUGUUUCUGUCAGAUUUGGCUCAAAUCUCUUUGUCUGAUGCCAAAGUCAAACGAGCCUCUGGUUCUGUUUCAUUUUAAGAACUCUGCUGUCUGAGGCCACGGAUGUUUGUCCUGCAGCAGAAAACUGCCCACGUUGGUUCACUUCGCUUUGCUGAACCUUGAGAUAACAGUUAUUCAAGCCGUUUGCAUCAUAUCAGCUUCUUUUUUUUACAUCUGUUAAUAAUAAAUGACAUUAAAGCAUUGACCUGA